UCGUCUGCAACUCGGAAAUUAUUUUCUUCUCUACUGCAGUCUUGAAAAAUUUUCCUGGAAUCUCCAAAAAAUAAUUACAAUUUGAAUUGUCGAUAUUCAUAAUGACGUCGGCUGUAGUACGCGCGAUAAACGAUAGUAACGCCUUUAUAGUUAUCGGAACAUUCGAACAUUCAACAUUCAUUCAAAUUGACACGAGUGAGGAGUGUCAAUUAAAGAGCAAUUAUUUUGAAAAUUUACUGUGCAAAAUCAUCGGAAGAAUGAACACUGCCACCAAACGCAAUUCACGACUGAACUCCAUGAGCACUGGAGAUGCGACUUCAACCCGGAGGGCUCUCUUCACCGUGGGUCUCAUUUUCUUAACUUCAUUGACAGCACUGCUCUACGUCUACGCUAAUUUUCCUGAAUUAGAAGAACACGAGAAACAACACAUGAAACUGCCCCUUCAUAUAGAAGACGCCAAAAAUCUUGGGAGACUUUUAGACAGAUACAAAGAGCUUUAUUACAUGGAAGUACUCGCUGGUGUCUUCGUCACGUACAUUUUCUUGCAAACAUUUGCAAUACCUGGAUCGAUCUUCCUGUCGAUUCUCUCGGGAUUUCUGUUCCCAUUUUACUUGGCUCUUCUCCUGGUGUGCACAUGCAGUGCAGUGGGGGCAUCAUUAUGUUAUCUUCUCUCCUCGUUACUAGGACGAAAGCUAUUAUUCAAGUAUUUCCCGGAUAGAGCGAAUCAGUGGGCGCAGACAGUGAGAGAACACAGGGACAAUCUGUUCAAUUACAUGUUGUUCCUGAGGAUGACGCCACUACUCCCUAAUUGGUUUAUAAAUCUGGCGAGUCCUGUUAUAGGGGUUCCAAUGAUUCCGUUCUCACUCGGGACAUUCUUUGGGGUUGCUCCACCAUCUUUUGUUGCUAUUCAAGCUGGCCAGACACUCAACAAGUUGACGUCUUCCAGUGACACUUGGUCCUGGUCGAGUAUGCUUAUGCUAUGCAUAUUUGCUCUGCUAUCUUUAGUUCCUGUGUACUUCAAGGAAUUCUUCAACAGAUUCUUCAAGAAACUGCGGCUCAAGUUCGACUGAACUUUAAAUAUUUCCAUCU